AUGGAUAUGGGCAACGAAGAAGAGCCUCAGAUAAAUAAGAACGAUGGCGGCUCCAUCCCACCUGGGCCAUCUCGUAGUUUAGAUCCUUCCCGUGCGGCAACGUCGAGUCAUGAGAAGCCCAGAGAUCAAGACGAUAGACUAGCUCCAGCCCCAACGAGACGGCGUGGUCCUACAGGACGCUCAUCUAAAUCAACAGCUACCGCUUCCUCGCCGUCGACAUCAUCAUCAGCAAGGCCGGCGCUUACGAGUAGGCACAGUACUACGAGUUCAGAACCAAUGGAUCCCACCGCGUACGGAGGUCACGCCCAAGGCUCGUCAUCUGGAGGAGGAAGUAUGACGCCUUCUGCUAUGCCUACAAGACCAAUGGGUAACAUGCCGGGAGACGGGAGCAUGCCGGUGAAGUUGACUCCCAUCACCGGCCGUGUCAGUAGAGCGAAGAAAGGCGUCCCGGUUCAUACCUGCGACAUAUGUAAACCGCCCAAGACAUUUACGAGGGCGGAACACCUUAGACGCCACCAACUGAGCCACAAGACGCCCGGAUUUCCAUGCAUAUUUCCCGGGUGUGAAAAGGCAUUUCACAGAGCUGACUUGCUCGCUCGUCACGCCCAGAGGCAUGACCAUGACGAUAAGGCAUCGUCGGGAGGCAUGAGCCGGCCGCCGUCUGCCGGCACCCUGGAUGAUCCAAGCUCUGGGCUGAGUUACAUGACCCAUAGUCACUCAUCCAUGGGUAGGGACUCCGGUUCUCGCUCGGGAAUGCCUGGUCCGUCCGACAGUUCCUCUGGCACCUCCUAUCCCGGUGGUAUGCAGUAUCAGAUGGGAGGCCAAGGCAGUACCAGUGGAGGGACCUCGAUGUCCCCGUCGCAUCAUCCCGGCCGCGGCGAUAGCUAUCAAAACUCGCCCAAUCCCGGCCAGAGUUAUGUGCUGUCUGGCUUGAUCAACCCACCCCCAAGCAUUGGGGGCUCUCCGGUCACAGGUACUGACCACUUCUUUGGGCUAGAAUACCAACCUCGUACAUCUUCUCCUUUCCCUUCCAUGUUUAUGGACACUGCGAUCUUACCCCAGAACUUGCCUAGCUUGACAAUACCUGACAACAGUAUUCCUCCAGGUCUUGUUCAUGCUGGUCACGAUGGUUCGCCUUGGCCAUCUUCUGCUUCGGAAAGUACUUACUCUACUCCUUCGGAGAUCGGUCACAGGAGACAUAAUAUGAACACUCAGGGGUACGAAUCGCCAACGUCAGACUGGCCCCUCUACUCUCAUAACAUGCAGAGUCCAGGCGGUGGGCUCGAAGUCGCCACCACGACCGCUUUCUUUGGAACGGCCUUUUCUUCAACAGCAUCGAAUAUCGAUCAAACGAUGAACCUGCCGGUCCCUUUUUCAGACGAACAAUCCUUCGUCGAUCAGCAAUAUCAUCCUUACUCUUCAGUUCGUAGUCCGACCCCACCGACUAUCUCACUGUCCGCUCAAUCGAAUGAAAAUUUAGUCACCCUUGCAGCCCCAUCAAUUCCCGACGCAGCGUCGGCAGGAACUCGCCAGAAGGGUUCGACGAUGCUCCUGGGAACAUUCCAGGGGGCAGCCUUUCUAACUGCGAACACCCUGCCGCCGCACGUCCGGAACGCCAUCCCGAAGUACCUACAAGCGUACUGGAAGAGCUUCGACACACUCUUUCCGGUGGUUCACCGCAAAAGCGUCAAAACAGCUGCCGAUGAGGUCCUGCGUUGUGCCAUGGCUGCCGUGGGCGCGCAGUAUCUCCAAGGUAAGGAUGAUCGUAUAAGAGCAAACGAGUUGCAUGAAUUUGCCUGGAAGGAGGUCAAAACUUGUACGAAGUGGAACCUCCAAAUCAUGCAGACGAUCAUUCUUUGCGAGUUUUACGCGCGGUUCCGUGGACGGAGUGUCCUUCGAUACCCUUCGGAGUCCUUCCAGUCGCUUUACUCUCGGGUGAGUUCCCAAUCUUCUUCUCCUUCUACUUUUGUUGGUUCUCUCAUACACUCUGCUCCUCAGGGUCAUCUCUUUAGCUUUGUUCUGUCUUCUCCUAAUGGCCCCUGGUAUCCAUACUCAACAUUUUCUUCCUCACAGAUGGCCAACCACCAAAUACCGGACAAUUUCCUUUUCUCUACCUCAACGCGAAACGAACGAUGGAAUGAAUGGAUCGAUAAUGAGUCACGACGACGACUCUUUGCCGUUUGCUUUGUUUUGGAUGCUCACGCAUCCGUGUACUAUCAACAACAUGUAAUACAACAAUUUCCUAUGUCGACACGCCCUAUACCCCUAAUUCGACCUACCGAAGAUCUCUGGGCCGCGCAAUCGCCGGAAGUAUGGGAGGCCCUCCUCGAUACGAGACCAGCCGACAUGGGACCUCUAAGUCAUACCGGCGAGACCCCCACCGCGGAACAGGUUCUGAACGCUCGAUAUCUCGACCGUGCCGUAUUUUUAACCUCAGAGGCUCUUUGCCUGCCUAAACGAUCUAACCCCUCUAUGCUAGACCUUUCGGUAGAAGUAGACCUAACUUCCACCGAGCGAAUCAGCAGACUUUUCCCUGGAUCUGCUGUUGGAAAUACUUAUCUAGCGUUGCACUAUACGCCUCUGCAUGAUCUGCUCGCAGUUAGCGGCGACACCUGGCUCUUCUCGAGAAAGGUAGCGUCUCCCCAGGUCUUUCAACAGCACAAGAAGCGCCUGCAACUCUGGUGCGGUAGCCCUCACGCCAGCGCCGCCGUCGGAUUUGCCGCCAAGGCUCUGCUAGCCUUCCUCGACGGUAGCGAGUCUCGUAAUCAUAAUACACUAAACACAGACCCGGAAGAACAAGGAGACUUAAACAACAACUGGAACAUGCUAGACAUCUCAGACUACUGGGCAGUAUAUGCGUGCGCACUAAUCUGCUGGGCGCUCGGACACCGCUCGAUAGGUCGGAAUGCCUACUCUGGUUCCGGAUCGGACUGCACGUCUCCUCACCACGACCAUGAUAAUGCUAAUGCCGGAGAGCGCGAGGCCAUGCGUUGGUUGAAGAUGGUGGCCGCUGGGGACUCGGCGCUCGGGGCGCGCAACCGGCGCGAGUCAAUGGGUGUUAUUAGUAUGGUUCGACGUAGGCUUGAGGACGAAGCUGUUGGCGCUAAGAGCCGCUUGCUGGUUGAUGCCGUGGGCACGUUGAAGAAGAUCGAGGAACGCGCUGGGUCUAAGUGGUUCUGA